AUGCAGCGCUGGCCGUUGACCCUGCUUGGUCAUAGCUUUGACAUUCAGUACAAGCCAACGGCCCAGUUCGGAAAUGCGGACGGCCUGUCUCGACUUCCGGCAGGACCGGACCCUGAUUUCGAUGCAGCGAUUUCGGAUGACGACUUCCUUUUGGGGAGUACUGGAUCGCCGAAUGUCUCUUCCGUCCUCUCAGUAGGUAUUGAUAAAAUUCCGCUGAAAGCGUCUGCAAUUGCCAAGGCCACUGCUUCAGACCGAAUCCUUUCUAAGGUCUACCUUUACAUCAUGGAAGGUUGGCCUUCUCGUGAACGAGACCCCGAGCUUCAACCGUACUACCUGCGCAACACUGAGCUGUCAACAGAAAAGGGUUGCAUCUUAUGGGGCAUGCGCGUUGUCGUGUCGUCCCAGCACCGCAACACUGUCCUCAGCCUACUUCAUGAUGGCCACAUUGGGCAAACAAAAAUGAAGAUGUUGGCGCGCUCCUAUGUAUGGUGGCUAGGAAUGGACAAUGACAUUGAACUUACUUGUCAGCCGUGUGGAGCGUGUGCCGCUUCUUCGGAUCAGCAACUUCCAGUCCAUCUUCACCAAUGGGAGGUUCCGAAGGAACCGUGGUAUCGCUUUCACGCGGACUUCGCAGAGUUCGACGGGAAAACUUACCUAGUGGUAAUCGAUGCGUACAGCAAGUGGCCCGAGGUGAAGUUGAUGAGGUCUACCAAAGCCUCAGCCACAAUAGAAGCCCUUGAGGACAUAUUCGCUGCCCAGGGCCUCCCUUUCCAGCUGGUUAGCGAUAAUGGACCUCAAUUCAUUUCGGCAGCGUUGAAAGAUUUCUUGGAUCGCCUUGGAAUUAAACACAUCUUGACUCCGCCGUAUCACCCUAAGUCCAACGGACAGGCUGAGAAUCUUGUGCGAACUCUGAAAGCCUUCCUUCGCCGUCAGAAGGAAGGGAGGGACGGAGAAAUGGAAAUUAGGCAUUUCGUGCUCAAGUACAGGAUAACGCCUCACGCAACAACCGGACACCCGCCCUGCGAAAUGCUUAACAAGCGGCACUACCGCACAGAGCUGGACCUUCUGCGCCCUAACCAUCCAAACGCCUCGUCUCCAGCGAGAGAUCGUCAAAAGCGCAAUUAUGACUCUCGCACAAGACUGCGGAAGUUUGCCGCCAGCGACGAAGUUUGGGUCAAGGACAAGUCCCGGAAGAACCACUGGCUUCGGGGCACCAUUGUUGGCUCUUCGAGCGGUCCAACAUAUCAGGUCAUGACGGAGGAUCUGAAACAGCACAAGAUGCAUGCUGACGACAUCAAGCCGCGUCUGCCCGAAUUGCCGGAUAUCGACUGGUCACACGAAGUCGAACCUGCAACAACAGGUGGGAAGGCUGAGUCUACCUUGGCCGCUGAUGAGGACACUCAACCCGUACCUCAGGCUCCAAGAUACCCUGCUAGAAAUCGUCGUCCGGCCCAGCGGUACGGAUCAACUUAA